AUGGAGCUUAUACCGAUAACAUCAGAUAGAAUUGAAGAAAUUGUUGAAAGUUCUUGUGCUUCUCAGAAAUCAAGAAAAAGAGUGAGGAGAAAGCUGAAAGAAUCUCCACCAUGUAAAAUACUUAGGCACGAUGCGUUGCCUGAGGAAGUAAGAGUUGGAUCAAUUUUUGAGAACAAACAAAACAUGACUAAAUUUUUCUGCAGCUUCGAGAUAAACCAGAAAGUUGAAUUCACUGCUGUUAGAUCAUGUUCAAAGAGAUACAAGAUGAAAUGCAUCGUGGACAAAUGUGGUUGGAAUGUACGUGCUACCAGAAUAAAAAAUUUCACACUAUUCAGGGUGAUAAAAUAUCAUAACAUCCAUGAAUGCUCGGUUGAUGCAAGAAAAUUAGAUCAGAAGCAUGCUACAUCAAAUUUUUUAAGUGAACAAAUUAUAGAACAUGUUCGAGACAAAAAGAUAGAGGUUACACCAGACUUUGUAGAAAAUAAAAUGAAAAAGAAAUUUGGAAUUGACAUUGGUUAUCACAAGUCAUGGCGUGCUAUUCAAAAAGCUAUUGCUUGCAUAAGGGGAACACCUGAAGAAAACUACCAGAUUCUUCCUUCAUACCUACACAUGAUGGUGGGUAAAAACCCAAGAACAUACACAAGCAUAAAAAGAGAUGCGCAGAAUAGAUUUGCUUACAUGUUCUUUGCUCCUGCGACAUCAAUAGCUAGUUGGUCCUACUGUAGACCUGUUAUUGCAGUAGAUGCAACGUUUUUAAAGUCAAAAUAUCGUGGUAUUCUAUUUGUUGCUGUAUCAAAGGAUGCAAACAAUCAAAUCUUUCCUCUAUGUUUUGGUGUAGCAGAUUCAGAAAACAAUGAGGCAUACAUUUGGUUCUUCGGGGAAAUGAAAAAAACAAUUCAAGUCCAUCGUGAACUGGUUUUCUUGUCAGAUAGAAACCAAUCGAUCGCAAAUGGGAUUAGAAAAGUUUUUCCUGAAGCUCACUAUGGUAUCUGCCUCUAUCACUUUGAGAAAAAUUUAAAGCAAAGACAUGCAAAAUCCACGGUAAUAAAUCAUUUUCAAAGUGCUACAAGGUCAUACAAACGUGAAGAUUUUAAUCAGUUAAUGUCCCAACUCAAAAGUAUUGACAAGAAAACAUACAAUUACAUAAUGGAAGAGCCUCCUGAGAGAUGGGCUCGAUCGUGGUUCCCACGGCGACGUUAUGAUAUGCUAACAAUAAACAUGAUAGAAUCAAUGAAUUCCGUUUUACUAGAAGGGAGAGAAAUGCCUAUUUUAAGAAUGUUAGAUUUCAUCCAAGAAAAGUUGGGAGAGUGGUUUUACGAACGAAGAAAAAAGGCAAAUGAAACUUUUCACAGAGUAUCAAUAUGGGCAGAAGAAGAGAUGACUAAGAAGAUGGACUUGGCUUGA